GAUUUCAAAGCCGCUUCAACUCGACCUCGACAAUCCCAGCACGAUACCCACGACCUGUUGCGCCAGUCCUUCCUUUCAGUUCGAAGAUUUUCCAUUCGCUAGAAUUGUCAGAUUUCAAAAUGGCCACCGCUCCCGCUCCCGCUCUCAAUGCUUACCGACACCUAAUGCGCGCGGCGCGAAUCGCCUUCCAAGGUACGAAUCCAUUCCGGGACCGAACUUCGAAUGCAACCGAGUUCAUGUUCAAGACUGGCCCAAUGGGCUAUGCUGACUAUCUGGUUCACUGCAGGCGACGCCCCUAUCCUAUCUGCAGCUCAGCUUCAGAUCCGCAACGAGUUCCGCCAAAAAGCCUCGAUCGAUGCUGCCGAUGCUUCUGCAGCCAUUAAGCAUGCCGAAGAGGUAGCAAAGGUCCUUCGUCAGAACGUUGUUCAGGGUCAAAGAACAGAGGAGGGCAAGGACACCUUCAAGCUGAGAAUACAUGAAGACAUUGAGCGAGGCGAUAACGAGUCUAUCAAGACAGCUGGCAAAGGCACAGUCGGAGGUGGCUGCUGCGGUGGUGGUAAAAAAUGAGAGGAGACUAUUAGUCCCAUUGUACAAUUUGUAACAUUAUCUGACUGUCAUGAUACCCUCCAGGAAUGAAAUGCACCAAAAUGAUCAUCACUCUAGAAUAGCUCUUUGCUUCUCAUCUAUUCCUGUUUCUCAC